CGGGAGGGGGCUUCUUCCGGGAGCGUGUGCUGUGGGAGGAGCGGUCGCUGUGCGUUAGUCUAGGAGUGGUGCGGGUUCCUGGUUCCAUCUGAGCCACGCCCAGCCGGGACAGAUUCAGGCCCACCAAGUUCCUGGUAAGGCAGACAGACUGAGUGUGUAACAGCGUGUUCAACUGAAUCUGUGCGACAGAGGAUAGAAGAAUUUUGUGGGCUGUUUCAGUGCGAGUGUGGGGAGAGCCCCAGAACCUCACCAUGUCUGGGAAACGGAAGCGAGUGGUGUUGACUAUAAAAGAUAAGCUUGAUAUAAUAAAGAAACUCGAAGAUGGAGGUUCUUCUAAACAGCUGGCAGUGAUUUAUGGAAUUGGUGAGACAACAGUUCGGGAUAUAAGAAAAAAUAAGGAAAAGAUUAUAACUUAUGCAAGCAGUUCUGAUUCCACAAGUCUUCUGGCUAAGAGGAAAUCUAUGAAGCCAUCCAUGUAUGAGGAACUGGACAGAGCAAUGCUGGAAUGGUUCAACCAGCAAAGGGCGAAAGGGAAUCCUGUAUCGGGACCCAUAUGUGCAAAAAGGGCAGAGUUCUUCUUUUAUGCUUUGGGAAUGGAUGGCGAUUUUAACCCCUCUGCCGGUUGGUUAACUCGUUUUAAGCAGCGGCACAGCAUUAGAGAAAUUAACAUUAGAAAUGAAAGAUUAAAUGGUGAUGAGACAGCUGUGGAAGAUUUUUGUAACAACUUUCGAGACUUCAUUGAACGAGAGAAUCUGCAGCCUGAACAAAUUUACAAUGCAGAUGAAACUGGACUCUUUUGGAAAUGCCUACCUUCUAGGACUUCAGUGAUCAAAGGUAAAUGUACUGUCUCUGGGCACAAGUCAAUUGAAGAAAGAGUCACUGUCAUGUGUUGUGCCAAUGCAACAGGUUUACACAAACUUAAACUUUGUGUUGUGGGCAAAGCAAGGAAACCUCGCUCUUUCAAGUCAACUGACACCUCAAACUUGCCUGUCUCUUAUUUCAGCCAAAAAGGUGCAUGGAUGGAUCUUUCCAUUUUCCGACAGUGGUUUGACAAGAUCUUUGUGCCAGAAGUUCGAGAGCACUUAAGAUCCAAAGGCCUGCAGGAAAAGGCUGUGCUCUUAUUGGAUAAUUCACCAACACAUCCAAAUGAAAAUGUCCUUAGGUCAGAUGAUGGCCAAAUAUUUGCUAAAUAUUUACCCCCUAAUGUGGCUUCAUUGAUUCAGCCCUCGGACCAGGGUGUCAUAGCAACAAUGAAGAGGAACUAUCGUGCAGGUCUUCUCCAGAACAACUUGGAAGAAGGUAAUGACUUGAAAUCAUUUUGGAAAAAGCUAACUCUGCUAGAUGCACUUUAUGAAGUAGCAAUGGCAUGGAAUUUAGUGAAGCCUGUUACCAUUAGCAGAGCAUGGAAAAAGAUUCUCCCUACCAUAGAGGAGAAAGAAAGCUUGGACUUUGAUGAAGAAGAUAUUUCACUGGCUACUGUGGCCACCAUUUUACAACACACCAAAGGAUUGGAAAAUGUGACUACUGAGAACAUUGAAAAAUGGUUUGAAGUGGAUAGCACUGAACCAGGGUAUGAAGUAUUAACUGACAGCGAAAUCAUCAGAAGAGCUCAGGGCCAGACAGACGAAUCCAGUGAAAAUGAGGAGGAGGAAAUAGAACUGAUUCCAGAGAAACAUAUCAAUCAUUCAGCUGCUCUCCAAUGGACUGAAAAUUUAUUGGAUUAUCUAGAACAACAAGGUGAUAUGAUUCUGCCUGAUAGACUGGUGAUACGUAAACUUCGAGCCACCAUCAGAAAUAAACAGAAGAUGACCAACUCGAGUCAAUAAUAACAUUUCUCAACUGUUUUUGUUUUGGUGACUGUGUAGAUAACUUUUAACCUCUUUGCAAUAAUGGCUUUAUUUUGUGUGUGUUCUGAAUUCUCAGGCAGUCCUAUCAAAUACAGGUACAAAAAUGUGUCUGAAGUGGUUUGAGGAUUGUGCUUUGCAUCUUCUGUGUCUCUUAUCCUUUUACUUAUGCAGAUAAUCUGAAGCUCGUUCUGUAUGAAUAUAAUUUACACAUACACAUUUUCACUUUUGUAGAUCUAUAAUUAUCCCUUCCAUAACAGUUGUAUUCUCUAAAUUUUCUAGCAAAAGUUGAGCAUUCUCCUAAAAUCUUUUCUUUGAUUUGUAACCACUGUCACAAUAAUCUUGUGCUAACCCUCUUAAAUGGUUAUUUUGUGUAUCUGUAUGUGCUGAAAGUAUGAGGAAAUAUCUAUAUUGUUAGAUUUCAGGGUGAUCUAUAAUUCAAAAUGAAGUUCAGUCAUAAGGAAACAAUGAUUUAUGAAUUCCAAGAAUAACUUAGAAAAAUUUUUGGAUGGUACUAGGGGGAGAUUUUUUCUGGAAAUGAAAGUAAAUACAAUAUAGGAAGUGAUUGCUCACUUAGUGAGAAAACUAUUGGAAAGCAGAUAUAUAAAAGAUUGUAAUCUAUUCAUUUGUAGAAAACUGGAAGUUGGAAGUUUGGGGAACUUUAUUUAUACAAAGGGAAGAAAUUGGGUUCUUUUGAUUGGGUAACAGUAUAGGUUUAUUAUUUAUUCAACUAAUUGUAGUACAGGUUUUGUAAUGUUACAUGUGGUAUUGUUUUUUGAGCUCCCACCUUAUAUGUGGGGGAACAUCUUGGGAAUUUGAAAGUUAUUUUUUUUUACUGUGUACUUAAUAUUACAUGAAAUUUGAAAAGCAAACUUGUCAUACAUUCCCCUUUUAUUACAUAUGAAAAGAAAAAAUAAAGUUUUUAUUAUUUUUAAUAAGCCAUAGGUUAUAACUGUUUUAUGAAGAGAACAGAAAUAAUUAGGGAAAGUGCCAGAUUCUUAGGAAUUUCAUCAUUUAUUAUUUUGACACUUGUAAAACAUUCUAGAAUUUAUCAAAAUUUUGAUAAAUUUGCUUAGGAAAUUUAGUAUGUUUAUUCAAGACAUGAAAAAACAUUACCUAUGUGAGUAUUAAUUUAAUUUAUGAUUUAAAAGCAAAGUGUGCCCAUAUUUAAUGUUUUCACACUAAUUUUUUAAGUAAAUUUUUAAAAAGUAGAAUUAGUCAUUUUUUAACUUUAUCAUUGAAAUACUUUGCAUUUUAUAGUGCCUUCUUAGAAUUCUAAAAUUUCAAAAAGAUUUUUCACUUCCCAUAAUUUCUGUUAUCUUCAUGGUAUGUCCAGGUUUAAGAACAUGUCUGUGAUGAGAAUUUGAAAGUUGUUUGUGUUGCAUGAAUUGCCUCUGUGCAGAGAGGGAAAGAAACAUCAGAAGUUAACGUAGAUAUUAAAGCAGAUAAUUAUAUCUUCUAUAAAUUAAUCAUAUGUAAAUUGACUUUUCAUUUUUCUAAAAUGAAAAUACUAAAAAGCUUCUUGGAAUUUGUCUGGAUUUGCUCACUGUUUUAAAAUUAACCUUGUCUGUGAAAUUCAGCUGUAUCAUUGCCACCUAGUGGUUCAAUUAACAUAACUGUUAAGCUGUGUGGUUUUAAACUUUAAGAUCUAGUAAAAGGUUCACUAUUUUGUGGCCUUGAGUGUGAAUCUUACGACUCUUCUCUAGCCUGUGAGAAACUUUGCUUUCUUUGAUUUAUAGCUAUUUGCUCUUUUCUGAAGCUGCCAACACUAGUUCUGUUUUGGACCUUUCUAUCCUUAAACAACUAUAAAAGCUGCCAGUUAUUGAAUAUUAUGUCCUAAGCAGUGUACUUAUAUAAUCCUCAAAUUGUGAAUUAUGAGGAAAUACUGAUGCUCAGCUCACACUCUUUAAUUGCUGAAGAUCAUCACUUGGCUACAGGUAAGAAUUUAAACCCAGGUGUUUGAUGCCAAAACCUGCGCUUAUAUAGGGUCCAGUAGAAGUAAGGCUUGCUUGAGUGUGGUUGGUAGGAUAUGUGAAUGUCUUGCAAGAGAUGGACAGCAAUUUGAACAUCUCACAAAAAAUAUCAUAUGGUGUGCUUGAGUGUGAUAUUGUUAUGUUACAGAAUUACAUACUUAAUGAUUUUGUAAUAAAAGAUUUUGUAAUGAAAAAUAGGGGCAUUAUUUGUGCCAGAACCUGUAUUAUCCAACCUAGGCUAACCUCUUACCCUUUUCAAGUCUUCAACAUUUAUUCCUUGCCACCACCUCUACCACAUGGUACAGUUAACUGAAUGUACUUAACUGAAUGUAUUUUCCAGUGUAUUUGUGGCAGCAACUGCCUUUUUCUUUACCCUUUUAUGAGAUUAGUCUUCCUUUUUACAACUAUGUAGUGUCUCUAAUUCCUUGUUUAUGCACAACCUAACAGCAUUUGAAACUUGCAUCAUCUGCUUUCAGGUUAGCUCUGCUCAAUGAGGAUCCUUUCUCACUUCCCAAUUUAAAACCCACCACUGGGAAAAAGUUCAGCAAACAUUCUCUUUAGUUCAUGAGGCAUUCUGAAAAAGUUGGCACAGUACAGUACUAACAUGGAAGUCUUGCUGGACCAAAGAUACUGGAAAGCAUUGUUACCAAAGGCACAUGAGCAUGUAUAUACUCAGAUCCACAGAGAUCAAAAGGAGCAAAUCAAGCCCCCAAACAAGAUAUGGGGAAGAAAGAAAAGGUUAAUUUCAAAUAGGUAGUCAGAGAAGAAAAAAAAUUCAAGGGAUAUGUGGCUUGCAGUGAGGUUCAUUUAGUACCAAAAUAGUAGUGAUGUGGUUUCAUCAUCCUACCCCCAGGCUGACUAGUAUGUGCUGCUCAUUCAUAGAUGGACCCUGUAAUCCCCCUUUGUUUUCCUUUUUUCAGUUAUGGGAUGUUAAGAAGUUAAUGCCACACUAAAUGUUUCAUCCGUAUUUGGAACAAUUUAAUGGCUGAUGCCAGAAGAUGCUUGUGUACUUUAUCUGCUGCAAAGUCAAAAAUUCUUAGUUUGCAAUUCUUAUUCUCUUACUGUGCCACCAGUGGUUCUUUGGCUUUCCAUUUCUCCACUAAAUAAUUAGUCAUAGACAUGUUCUCUAACCACCCUUGCCAGGUUUCUCCAUUGAUGGGCCUUGAUACAUCUCUCAGAAAACCAACUGUACAUUAAAAUAUUUCUUUAAAAUACACUCUUAGUAGCCAAGAACUCUGUAAGAGUACGUUUACCUGCAGGGGUUGAUGCAGAAAAUUAGAAACUUGCUUUUCAUGAGAGUUUUUGGGCCUUUUGGGAGUAGAUGGGUGAGGGAAGUGGAAUUCUUCGCCUGUUUUAAAUUCAGUGAAUCAUUCUAAAGAGUCCUGCAUAUACAUGAAAUAGUUUCAAAUACUUGUGUUUAAAUCCCUAACCUCCUUAAAAGUCCUUCACUUAAACUCCCAGGUGUGUCCAAUCUGCAGCCUGCGGGCUGCAUGAAGCUCAGGAUGGCUAUGAAUGUAGCCCAACACAAAAUUGUAAAUUUACUUUAAACAUUCCUAUUUAAUGCUAGGAAUUUGCAUUAAAUAUUGCAUUUUUAAAUAAAUCACCAUUUUAACCUUCAAAAAAUCAGUGAAUCGAAUUUGUUGAGUUUUACUGUAUGUGUAGACUGUACUGGUGGUGGGUUUAGGAAAAUGUAAAAAAGCGAAGACUGGUUCUUGUCUUUUAGGAUCUUGAAAUCAAGGGGGGAAAAUAACACUUGGGAAAAAAACCCAUCUGGUUUGUUUGUAAGCUCAUAUAGAACAGCUAACAAUGGGGUAAGGAUUAUGUAAGGAUACAACAUGAUGUAUUUUGCUUAUUCAUCCCUUUGCUGGCUUCUCUAUACAUUUAAAACUUCUUUGUUUUCUUUAGUUUUUACUGAAGAAAACUAAAUCCUGGGAUUCCAUUUCCAUUACCUGCAUGCUUAUGAUCCCAAAUCUAUCUCUAGUCACUCUUCAGAAGUCCAGAUCUGUAUCUUCAAUUGAGUAUCAGGGUUUAAGUUCAGAAAGGAAAUUAAAAUUAUUGCUUCAUUUCCCACCUAUAGCAAUCUCUUCCAUCAGCAUCCUAAUGUCAGAGCCAUCUAGAUGGGCUAAAGAUUUAAAAUGAUUUUUAACUGAAUGCCAAAUUAAGUUUAUCUACUUCAGUCUGAAAUGAAAAAAAAAAAGGUAAUUAUCUACUUCUUUAUCUGUAUCUCCUCUUAGCCUUUCUUGAUGUACACAUAUGUCCUUGACUCUGAUCAUUCCUUCCUAUGGACAGCCACAAGUGGUUUCUGUUUUUGGUACCCUUGUUGCUGCUCAAGUAAAAUUUAGUGUGUUGUGUUUAAAUCCCUAACCUCCUUAAAAGUCCUUCACUUAAACUCCCAGGUGUGUCCAACCUGCAGCCUGCGGGCUGCAUGAAGCUCAGGAUGGCUAUGAAUGUAGCCCAACACAAAACUAAAUUUACUUAAAACAUUAUGAGAUGUUUUUGUGAUUACGUGUUACCAUGUCUUUAAUGUGUGACCCAAUACAAUUCUUCUUCCAAUGUGGCCCAGAGACACCAAAAGGUUGGACACUCCUGUUGAGACCAACUACACUAGAAAUGUAGUGUAGAAAUUACAAUAUAGUGUAGUCUAUACAUUUAGAAAUGUCCCCUCAUCUGUUUUUCCUAUUUAAGGUAGCUGUCAAGUUUGCACAGUAACUAAUGUCAUGCAAUAAGAAGCUGGGAGUGAAAGAAUGCCCAAAGGGUAGCAGUCUUUGGGGACAUCUAAUAAUGUGAAAACUAGUGUUUCUAAGGUCUCAGAUUCUCUAAGACUUGUUAUAUUGUGGAGUGCUUUUUGUGAUGUGUGGCUCUUAAUAAUGGACUAUGAGAUUAAGGACCAUGGAAUCAAUGUUUUUGCAGCAUACAUUCAACAAAUGUGUUCUGAACAAAUACUAAUUGUACACUUUGUAUGAGUAAGGCAUUAUAUGGGAUACAUGAGUAAGAUUAUCUGCAUUCAAAAAAUGUACAGUGGAGAGGAAGAGACUUCAGGAAGAAUGAAUUAAGGGUUACAUGCUGAAAGGGUGCAAAUAAAAGACUCAUUGAUUUGGGUAUGAGUGACAUUAGAUAGUAUAAUCUGAUAUGAGGAGUGGAAUUAUAAACAGUUGAGUUGAUCUUGAAAAAUAACAAAGUUUCAUAAUGUUUUAUUGUUUCAGUUACUGCCAAAUGUCCUCUGUGAAGGACAUCCUCAGUUGGGAACUAACUGCUAUAAACCUGUAAGCGCACAGGUAUUUAGUCUACUUUCCAAGUAAUUGGAGGCAGUAUUUUAAAAACUUUUUACUACUAUUCCAUCUUUCUAGCCUCUGAUAGUAAUUUUCCUGAUGUCUGUUUCCUGAUCACAAAUUUAAUGCCACAAAUUUGAGAUUUUGGUCAUAGCAACACCCAUUGCUAGGUACAAAUUUCUCUCUUGAUCUGGGUAAUUUAGCUGAUAAGCCUCAUAAUUUUAGGGUUUUGUAAUAAAUGUAUUUCAGCAGUCUUUUGAUGACAUAGGACUUGAUCAGAGCACAAUUUUUGAUCAAGUGGUGAUUCAUUGGCCCAGACUUCUUCCAUCUUGUGAUUUUUGCAUUUGCUAGAUGCUUAGAGUCUUCUGUAUUCAGUUAGCAAAUAGGAAAAGUAAUAAUGAAGAAUAUACACUACGUUUUUAGAUUCUUCUUUCAGAAGUGAUACAUAUUAUUUCAGUUCACAUUCUAAUGAUGAGAACUAAUCACCUGGCCCUACAUUGAUAGAGGAGGUUUUUGGAAAUGACUCCCUAGCUAGUUAGCUGCUUCCUACUGACAGCUUUAUACUAUGGUAGGAGAAGGCACACAUUUUAUUGAAAGCCCUUUCUGAAAUAAAAAUAAUGGAUUUAUUCUCAGGGAAUCAUUUACUCUUCCCUAAUCUUUACUGAGUUUGUAGUCUUUUAUGGAGGUGGUACUUUUCCAACUUUUGGUCAUUCUUAAGUGUGAAUUCCUUACUCUACAGCUGAAAUUGCCUGAAAGACUAUGAUCUCUGCUUAUACAGCAUAUGUUGUGGAAAGUAUGAAAACAUUGACUAAGGUUUGGUGGGAACUAAAGAAACAUUGGCUAACCUUUGGUUCGAGCCAUUGAUAAUGAGAAUAAGGAAUGGGCAUUAUAUCCUGCCAGACAGACAAUUUAGUAGUGUAUUUUCUGAGGGUGGAUGCUCCAAAUCCCUCCUUGUGUUACCAGCUACCAGGGAUGUUGUCCUAUGAUUACCUCAAGCUCUGCUCCUGUUUGACUACGGGCCUUGUUUUCCCUUGUGACUAGCCUGGAAGGUGGUAGUGUGUGUCUGGAUCCUUGCACUAGGCCCCUUGUUGGUUACACUAUCUGGACUUAAGCUUCCAAUUUUCACUCUUCAUUAUACGGAACAUGAUUUUCUCACAAUUUAUGGUCCUCUAAAAGUUUAGCUUCCUGUUCUGAGGAUGGCUAUACUGUACUUGCUUCAUUUAAAAGUAUAAAUUGUCUAUUUUUUAUAUGAUUGAUGUAAGAUGAGAAUAAAGCAUCUGCCAUCUCCAUUUAUCUUGGUAUCAAAAGUCAGCAGUGUGUGGUCUUGGAUGAAUCUCUAAAUCUCUCUGAUUCAAUGUAUCUCUACAAUGGGAACAAUAAUACAGAUUGCUAAAUGAGUGAAAUAAAAUAA